AGGAAAAGGCAGCCAGGCAAACAAUCUUUUCAAGUAUUUCAAACCCAGUUAGAGAGGGACACAUAACUUCUGCUAAAGGUUGAGCACUUAGCUGCACAAUGGCUGACUGGGAGUAUGACUAUCUGAUCAAGCUGCUGGCACUCGGCGACUCAGGGGUGGGAAAGACCACCUACCUCUACAGGUACACCGACAACAAGUUUAACCGCAAGUUCACAACAACAGUGGGCAUCGACUUCAGGGAAAAGAGAGUGAUGUACACAGGGAAAGGUGCUGAUGGGGCAACUGAGAGAAACUUCAACAUCCACCUUCAGCUUUGGGAUACAGCGGGACAAGAGAGGUUCCGCAGCCUCACCACAGCUUUCUUCAGAGACGCCAUGGGCUUCCUGCUGAUGUUCGACUUGACCAAUCAGCAAAGUUUCCUCAACGUCAGGAACUGGAUGAGUCAGCUACAGGCCAACGCGUACUGUGAUAGUCCAGACAUCGUGUUGGUGGGCACCAAGGCAGACCUCCAGGAUGUGAGAGAUGUUAAUGGCAGACAGGCCAGAGAUCUGGCAGAGAGAUACGGAAUCCCCUACUUUGAGACUAGUGCAGUGACUGGUGUUGAUGUGGACCAGGCAGUGACCACCCUGCUGGACCUGGUGAUGAAGAGGAUGGAGCAGAACACUCAGGGAGGCCAAAGCUCUGAACCCAACGGCAGCCCCAUCGUCAGCCAUGAGGUGGAGGAGGCUCCUGUCAGGAGGAGGUGCGCCUGCUAAUGUCACCACCAGCAGCCACUCUUUUCACGUUUGCCCGAAAUAACGCUGCAUUUUUAAAAUGCUACUGUUUUCUGGAGAUGGACUAAGGUGCCUGCUAGGUGAGAGGACCAAUUGUGAUCUUAAAUAUCUAAAAUAUUACCUAUACUUGGGAGGAAAGCUGGCCCAAUAUUGUAAUUACAGGUCGAAUUCCUCUCUUAACAUUUGCUGUCUGUGAGGUUAUUUAUUCACAGCCUUUGCAUUGUAAGAGUGAGAAAGAGGAGAUAGAAGGGUAAAAGAAUUCAAAAAUGUAUAUAGUAAAUUAAUACAGGUAUUGUUGUAAAGACAAAGACACAAGUGGUUAUGAUUCAGCAAAAAGAAGACUAAUUUAUCAUCUUCAAAUGGGUUAUAUCAGAGAAAAAUACUGUUUAUUUUACACAUUGAGGCAUUGAUGGAAGGAAUAUGCAGGCACAUAACAUAUAUUUAUCAUGGAGUAUAAUCAAAAAACAUUUAAGACAUGGUUAUAUUUCUUAUGUAGAUGAUCAUUUUUGUUAGAACAACCAAGAUAGCAAAGUCACUUACAUGAUUUAUGACUUUUUUACGACAUGUACAUAAGCAGCCAAGCUUUUUAAUGCAUUAUGGAACAAAGUUGCCAUGCAGAUCAAACACAAGUACAAGAAUGUUAAAGGGUUUUUGGAACAAAUACUGUAUAGUGCUGCAUUUGGAAUAAAGACAUUGUAUCUUUAGGUUUAGGUUAUGUAAUGCACAAAAAGCUAUACUGUUAUUCUGACUGGAUAUACAAUCCUCACAGACUUUGUUAGCAUCAUUAUUGUUUACACACAUUCUACACAUUGAUUUUGAUUUCAUUAAAAGAGGAACUUAAAAUGUCCUGCAUUCAUGUCAGUGGAUUUAUCAAACAAAUCGAUCUAUAGGAGGACAUUCAUGGAGUCACAAAUAAAUUUCACCACAUUACUUUGGCUGAAGCCCAAAAAAAAGCAAAACGUUUUAAAAGGAUUUUUGUGCCACAAAAUGUGAUAUUCAACAUCAAAUUCAACAUCAAAAAGGGAUACUCCAUUUCUCAUACAAUAAUAGUUGUCGUUAGUUGUCCUACAGCUUUCAAAAUCUUUCAUUUCUCCUUUGCGCAUGGUCUUUGGUGCAACUAAACAACAUUCCUAAGGGACCACAGAAAUUAUCCUUAAAUGUACACAUCUAUGACAUCAAUUAAAUUGCCUAAAAUUCAAACUUUUUCAUCAGAUAUGUGAUUUCAUGGUGGUGACUGCACUGUGAUUUGGAGACGAGACACAAAAGUUAACCAUCUGAAAUAUUCAUCUUGUGUAAAGGACACUGACAAAAAGAAACGCUUUGUGUGGGACGGGAUGCCGGGCAAAGGCCUACCACGCUAAAUCUGAAGGAGCACAAAAGCACACGCUACUAUCUGGUAAGUGUGAAUGGCUGCAUUGCUCUGUUUUAUAAACCUCAGCCAGAGUUUGCAACAAGGAGCACA